UGUGUCUGUACCCUGACCCCUGUUCAUCAUCUCUUCCAUCUCUCUCAUCAGAUAUAUACAGCAAAGCACAACUUUUCUUCAAUCUGGAGCAAUCCUAGGGUUUCUCUCACACUCGGAACCUCAGCUUACAGCUACUUUGCCGUUCUAAGAUUCGGUGAAAAUAAUGUCACAGAACGGAAAAUUAAUGCCGAAUCUGGACCAGAACAGCACCAAGCUCCUCAACUUGACCGUUCUUCAGCGUAUCGAUCCUUUCAUUGAAGAAAUUCUUAUCACUGCUGCUCAUGUUACCUUCUACGAAUUCAACAUCGAUAACAGCCAAUGGAGUCGAAAGGAUGUGGAAGGAUCUCUAUUUGUUGUCAAGAGAGGGUGUUACAGGAGUUCUCAACCGCGGUUUCAGUUUAUUGUUAUGAACCGAAGAAAUACAGAUAAUUUGGUGGAGGAUCUCCUGGGGGAUUUUGAGUAUGAGGUCCAGGUUCCAUAUUUGUUGUAUCGAAAUGCUUCCCAAGAAGUAAAUGGGAUAUGGUUUUAUAAUCAGCGUGAAUGUGAAGAAGUUGCAAAUCUCUUUGACAGGAUACUCGGUGCGUAUUCCAAGGUGCCUACCAAGUCAAAAGUACCACUGACAAAGAGUGAAUUUGAAGAGCUGGAAGCAGUUCCAACCAUGGCUGUAAUUGAUGGUCCUCUGGAGCCAUCGUCGUCUACUGCCACAAAUGCUCCGCAUCUCCCUGAGGAAAAUGCCUUUUUGAACUUCUUCAGUAAUGCUAUGACAAUUGGGAAUGCUCCGAGUACUACAGUUCCAGGGCAGCCAUACCACUCAUCUUCACCGGUCCUGCCUCCUCCUCGUCCUCCUGCUGCUGUUCCUCCCUCUUCUGCACCUGCCCUGAUUCCAUCUCCGCCUCUUUCAACUUCUUCCCUUUUGAGGCCCCUCCUUGAUGCAUCUGAAUCAGACAGCAGUGCUAAAUGGUCUUCAAAUCUGGUGAAGCCAUCAUCAUUUUUUGGUCCUCCAACCGCCUCUUCUCCGCUGAUGCCUGCCGUUUCUUCAUCUUUGCCCACUGCUCCCCCACUUCUUCCGCUUGGGAAUCUCCAACGUCCUUAUGGAGCUCCUUUGCUUCAACCAUUUCCUCCGCCGACUCCUCCUCCAUCUCUCACUCCUGCUUCUGCUCCUACCCCAAACUAUGGACCUGUUGUUAGCAGAGACAAAGUGCGGGAAGCACUUCUAAUGCUUGUUCAGGAUGACCAAUUCAUUGACAUGGUAUACCGGGCAGUGCUAAAUGCUCAUCAUUCAUAAUAUGAAGCGGAACUCUUCUAAUUCGUCUAAUGAGAUACAUCGUGUUUACUGGAGCUGAAAGAGGAUCAAGUGUAUAGGGGGGUUCCUUCUGUUUAUGGUGUCUGUGAGACCCGCUAUGUAUAGUUAUAGUUUGUUUUUUUAUUUUUUGCGUUAGUUUUUGGAGUUUAACCUCUCUGAUAUAUAGUUGUUUUCGUUUGUGGGUUUUACCAGUCUGGACACUCCAAUUUUGUUCCUUGUAAUACUAUUAGCGAGAAUCAUGUGAACUGGGUAUGUGUUGCCAGCCUUGGCCUGUGCAAACAAUUCUUAUGAUGAUC